AUGAUGAAAUUUGUGGUACUCGUCACCCUCGGGCUAGCUUUGCUGUUAGGAACACAGGCCAUGCCUUCAAGUCGCCUCUCCUGCUACAGAAAGUUGCUAAAGGAUCGUAACUGUCACAACCUUCCCGAGGGCAGAGCCGACCUGAAGCUGAUGGAUGCAAAUGUCCAGCAUCAUUUCUGGGACGGGAAGGGAUGCGAGAUGAUCUGCUACUGCAAUUUCAGCGAACUGCUCUGCUGCCCGAAAGAUGUCUUCUUUGGACCGAAGAUCUCCUUUGUGAUCCCAUGCAACAAUCACUGAGUAUCGGCAUGCAUAAUAGAGAACACCGUCCUGAAGUCCUAUGUGGUCCUGAAGUCCUUCACCUUCCCUAAUUUCCCACAAACU